GCGGCGCGCGGUUUACAUAAUUAUAAAUAUUAUUGUUGAACGUGACGUCCACGGCAGAUGCUUUGAUCCUUGCCCGGGCCAGUUCCACUACCAGUUUAGCAGGUGGAAUGGACGAAUAGGUGGUGAUAAUAACCUCCUUCCAGUUUCGAGUUGUGUUCCGGUAGCAGCCCACAGUCACCUUCAUAUUUCCUGGCCUACCCUGAGACAACAAGACCCUAUAAAGGGAGUUAAUCAAAUCUGGCAUCCUCACCGACUCGCCUGCUUGUCAUACUACCAUUCAAGUUUACCCAUGCCUCCCCACGAUCUCCCGCCCCCACCGCCUUGGGUGAUACCCAACUUCGUGUUGAGGGUGGAGGACUUGUCUCAUCCUGGGGCAUCGAUCUUCUUUGAUUGCGUCAACCCCAAGGAGGCACUGAAACUCGCAGUAGAAGCAUCUUAUACCUGGCUGUAUACACCACUCACGGCCCCAACGCACGUCAAGACCAUUACGCUCGUUCUCAGGCCGUUCGAUGGCGUAGCGUAUACUUCAGGCACGCAAGAGAUGAAAGAGAUCAAUUUCUCCCUCGAUUGGAUCAAAACAUCAGAGGCCCGCGCACGAGAUGAAAUAUUAGGCGUGCUGGUUCACGAGGUCGUGCAUUGCUGUCAGUACAAUGCAAAAGACACAUGUCCAGGGGGUCUUAUUGAGGGAAUGGCAGAUUUCGUGAGGCUGCACGCUGGUUUUGUCCCGCCACACUGGAAACCUAGAGUUGUGGAGAAGUGGGACGCAGGGUACGAUGCUACGGCGUACUUCCUCGACUGGAUCGAGAAGCGCUGUGGCGAGGGGACUAUCCGAAAACUUAAUGGAUCCAUGAAGGACUCGAAAUACAGAGUCGAGCUCUUUGAGGACGUGACCGGAGAGAGUGUGAGUUCCUUGUACGCACUGUAUUGCGAACAUCUGGAACAGAAGGGUAAGAUACCUCAUGCAUGAUGCAUGAACCUUGAUACCCGUAGCGACCAAUGCAAUAUUACUUCCGUAGAAGCUACAGGGAAACGGAUUAAAGCGC